UUUCUCCGUUGCCUGAAAUUCUGAACCAGCUGCGAAAUGGGUCGUCUCUCUUCUUGUAAGAGCACCGCCAGCCUUCUUCUCUGCGUCGCCGUUAGUUUCUUGGCCGAGCUCGUCCUCGUCCAUGGCGGGCUGGUUCCGGCGCUGUACGUGCUGGGCGACUCGCAGGCAGACGUCGGGAACAACAACCACCUGCAGCUGUCGCCGCUCAGGGCAAACUUCCCGCGCAACGGCAUCGACUACCCGGGGCAGCAGGCCACCGGCAGGUUCAGCAAUGGCCACAACUUCGUCGACUUUCUUGCUGGCAGCCUUGGGCUAGCCAGCCCUCCUGCCUACCACUCCAUCCGCGACACUGCAGGCAGCAACUCCACAUAUCUGGACGGCAUCAACUUUGCUUCCGGUGGUGCAGGAGUUUGUGACCUCACAAACAAGGGCCAGUGCUUCAGCUUCGAUCACCAAAUCGAGUGCGACUACUCGAGCGUCCAUUCAGAACUGGUGCGGCAGCUCGGGCAGCCUCAGGCCACGGACCAUCUGUCCAAAUCCAUCUUCGUCGUGGCUAUCGGCGGCAACGACAUAAUCUUCCGCGCCCUGCCCCGGCCCGCCGUCGAUUUGACGGCGGAAGUACUGGCAGUAAUCUCCCUCCCUCCCCAGGAGUUCAUCGACUCGCUGGCGCAGACCUUGAGACGCCAGCUGCAGAGGCUCUACGACCUCGGGAUGCGCAGGCUCUUCUUCGUCGGCGCGGCUCCCAUCGGGUGCGUGCCGCUGAUGCGGGAGCUGAGCCUGAGCCGCCGCCUCACCACCGCCGGCGGAUGCCACGACGGCGCCAACGACAUGUCCGCCCGGUACAACGCGGCGGUGAGGUCCCUCCUCGGCGACAUGAGCACGCAGCACCAGGAUUUGCAGUACGCCUUCUUCGACACCUACACCACGUUGAUGCAGCACAUCAAGGAACCAGAAGCAAACGGCUAUGCCGAGGUGAAAGCAGCGUGCUGCGGUCUCGGGGAUAACAAUGCCAUGUAUCGGUGCGGGCGGGUGAGCACGGUGUGCCCCAACAGGACCAACCACAUGUUCUGGGACCUCGUCCACCCGACGGAGACCACGUCGCGGAGGCUCACCGGCAUUGCCUUCGACGGUUCCUCGCCAUUGGUUUCGCCCAUAAAUGUGAGGACGCUUGUAAGCCAGGAGCGUUGACGUUACGUUGUGAUAGACAGUACCAGUUUG